CGGCCAUUGGCAUCGUUUAAUGUUUAUGAACGGCUAUCGCGAUCCGUGAAAGAGCCCGUACCCGACAUGAGCCCUUGGGCGGCGACGGGCACCGACAGCGGUGGCGCGCGGGGGCCGGAGACCCGACACGCGUCGUGAGCCGCGGCGCCAUGGAGCGCGCCGUCGUGCGCUCGAGCGCCAGGCUCAGCGGCGGCGGCGGCGGCGGCUCCGGCAAGAGCGGCGGUGGCGGCGGCCCCAGCAAGAGCGGCGGCGGAGACAAGGCCGAGGCGGCGCGCCGAGCGGCCGCGGCGGCGCUGGCGGCCGAGCGCCGCGAGCGGGCCCGCCAGCGCGCCCAGGAGGUGGAGGACAGCCCGAGCGUGCUGCGCGACAAGUGCCGAGAGCUGGCGCGAGUCGUGCGCCAGGCCAAGCAUCUCGUGGUGUACACGGGAGCGGGGAUCAGCACAGCGGCCGACAUUCCCGACUACCGCGGCCCGCACGGCGUGUGGACGAGGCUGCAGCGCGGAGAGGACAUCGGUCGCGUGGAGGUGUCCCGCGCGCAGCCCACGUUCACGCACAUGGCGCUGACGGCGCUGGUGGCGCGCGGGCUGUGCAAGUUCGUGGUGUCGCAGAACUGCGACGGGCUGCACGUGCGCGCCGGCCUGCCGCGCCGCGCGCUCGCCGAGCUGCACGGCGACAUGUUCGCCGAGCGCUGCGCCGCGCCCGCCUGCCGCGCCGUGCUGCUGCGGGCGUUCGACACUACGCAGCGCACUGGGCGCUACGCGCACGGCACCCGGCGCACUUGCCCCGUGCCGCGCUGCGGGCGGCCGCUGCGCGACACCAUCGUGCACUUCGGCGAGCGCGCGCGCGCCGCCUGGCCGCUCAACUGGGCCGGGGCCCUGCGCCACGCCGCCGCCGCCGACGUCAUCCUGUGUCUCGGCUCCAGCCUCAAGGUGCUGCGGCGCUACCCCCGCCUGUGGUGCAUGGCGCGGCCGGCCCGCGCGCGGCCGCGCCUCUACAUCGUCAACCUGCAGUGGACGCCCAAGGACACCGCCGCCGAGCUCAAGAUCAACGCGCGCUGCGACUCGGUGAUGCGCGAGCUGGCGCGGCGGCUGCGGGUGCGCGUGCCGCGCUACCGGCGCUCGCGGGACCCGCUGCUCGCGCACGCCACGCCCCUCGCCGCCGCCGAGCGCCACACCUGCUCCCGCCCCGCGCUGCCCCUCGCCGCCGCGGGGAGCGCCUCCUCCGAGCCCGGGGAGUCCGACUCCUCCUCCGCGUCCGACUCCGACGACGCGGUGCCGCUGGGGAGGCUGCGGGAGCGUCUCCGGGGCGAGCGGGGAGCCGCCUCCGGGCCCAGGGGUCCGCCCGACCGUCCCCGGCCGCCCCCCCGGGUGGACAGCCUCCGGAGGCCGCUGCGCCCCGUGCCGGGGCUCAACAGACUCCAGCGGCCGGCGGACCGCUCGAGGGACCCGAACUUUCCGGCCGAGGGACCCCGUCUCCGGUCCCCGCCGCGGCGCUCGCGAGACAGCCGGGACCCGGCGGGGCGCGCGCCGGACCGACGGUGCCCGGUGGACGGCUCGCGAGACUCGCCGGCCCUCGCGGAGCGUUGCCGAGGUCUGCGGCCCCUCUGGGACCGCUCGCGGAGCCCUGAGGCCCGGAAGGACCGCUCCCGAGGCCCGGAGACCUUGGAGCCCGAAGAAAAGAAGCCCAAGUUGGAGAAUGGCUUUCGCUCCGCGGUUAAAGAGGAGCACCUGAGGUCUUUUGAGGUGUCCCUCGCCGGCGGGUCGGCGCGCAUCCUCCUGCACGCCGCGCACGCGCCCGAGCCCAAGGAGGAGGAGGACGAGGGCGGCGGCCUCGGCCCCCCGCGGCCCCGGCCCGACGAGGACUCCGAGAGCGAGGCCUCGCGGGCCGCCGCGGCGUUCAUCGCGCGCGCCGUGCUCGUGUGCAGGGCCGAGCUGUACCCCGGGCUGCACACGAUCCUGGCGCGGGCGCCGCAGCCGGCGUGCGCGUGGUGCUGGCGGCGGCACGGCAGCGCGCGCUGUCUGUGGUACCCGGCGCGGGACCCGCAGCCGCCGGGCCGCGUGUGGCGGCGCGUGCGCGGCCGCCGCUACCUGUGCACGUGCUGCCCCGGCGGGGGCGGGGGCGGGGACAGCGGGGGGGAGGCCGGCGAGGGCGGCUGGUACGGGAAGGGCUACCGGAAGGGCCGCAAGAAGAAGCGGUAGCGGGCGCCGGGCGCCGCCGCGCGCCUCUGUACAUAUACAUAUUUAUUUUU